AGUUUAUUUUAUUAAAGAACGCAGGGUUUAUCUAAAAUAUUGCAAUAUACCGGAGCGUCUUGUCGUAUAUUUGAUACACAAGGCCAUUUCUUCCAGUGCAGUUUUAAACGCUUUCCGUUGGAUUCCUUUUCUUUAUAGGAGCAUCUUCUGCUUUUAGCGGCUACAAGCCUUUGUUUUUAAUCUAGAAACUGUGUAUUUAGAGCCUGAGAUUGCCGUUAGGAAUCUCGCAAAUGUGAACGUUACACCUAGGAAUCGACUGUCAUAUCGCACUUGGUAAAUGUCGUUCAUAAAAUCUAUCGUAAGAAUGAACCACGGAGCCUCCCUCAAGAACAUAAUCAAGAGGUCGCCCGGAACAAUGAAGACCGGAAAGGGGGAAGAAGAAAAGGUUUCAAAGCUUAAACCUAAAGUCGAUGUUGUACUGAAGAAUGAGAGUGAAAAGAAUGAUAAGGGAGCAAAGAUUGUUACAUUACCCAUUGAACGAGGAUUUGAUCUUAUUCCGAGUAAGAAAAAGACACUUGUUUUGGAUCUAGAUGAAACGCUUAUCCACUCUAGUUUUGAUGGAAUUGAGAACUACUCUUACUCUGUUCAGCUCCUUCAAGAUGGUAUUAAGCGUGAUGUUUUUGUUGCAAAGAGGCCGUUUGUGGACGAGUUUUUGUUGCAAGUAUCUCGCUUAUUCGAAGUUGUAAUUUUCACUGCUGGUAUAAGUUCGUAUGCAAAUCCUGUGAUUGAUGUUUUGGACACAAACAAAGUCUGCAAGAGGCGGUACUUCCGAGACAGUUGCCUUUUUUACUCUGGAUACUAUAUCAAGGAUUUAACAAUUGUACAAAAGUCUUUAAAGGAUGUGGUAAUCAUUGACAACUCACCUCCAUGUUAUUGUUUAAACCCAAAUAAUGCAGUCCCAAUUGAGAGUUGGUUUGACGACGAGGAAGAUCACGAGCUCCUCAAGCUACUACCACUACUCUAUCAACUCGCUCAUGCAGAAGAUGUCACUGACAUACUCAAAAGUUCAACCGUAGGCCAAGACUAUGGUCUAGCUCAAACCGCCAUUGAGAAUAUAAGGAGAAUGGCACUAAAAUUAUAGUAGUAAUAACUU